AUGGCCUCUACAAUGCAAGAAAUCCACCCAGCAUCUACUGCUAUAAACCAGGAUGAUCUCAUGAUCCCACUGAUUGACCUCAGUCCGUUCUUCACGGGGACACCGUCAGAUAAGCAUGCUGUCGCCCUGUCCAUUACGGAAGCAUUCAAGACAUCCGGGUUUCUCUACCUCAAAUCCCAUGGCAUUCCACCUUCCGUGGUAUCCCGAGUAUUUGCUUCAUCUGCUCGUUUCUUCGCCCGACCUCAGAGUGAGAAAGAUGAUAUGGGCUGGACGACCCCACAAUCGAACCGUGGUUACGUCGCCAUUGGGCGGGAGAAAUUAACCACCGUCGACGAGACCAAUGGCGUCGAUGAUCUGCGUGCUGCCGCCCCAGAUAUAAAAGAGACCAUGGAGAUUGGUCGCGAGGGAGUUGAGAAUCUCCCCAAUCGCUGGCCUGAUCACUUGGACGAUGAAGGGAAAGAAUUCAAGGAAACGAUGCAGUCUUUCUUCGAAAUGUGUAAGACGCUGCAUACACAGAUCAUGCGUGCCAUUGCGAUGGGAAUGAACCUACCUGAGCAUUUCUUCGACGACUAUGUCAAUGAGGGAGAUAAUACUCUCCGUCUACUUCAUUAUCCUGCAGUUAACAAGGAGGUCUUCAACAAGAAUCCUAACCAGGUUCGAGCUGGCGAGCACAGCGACUACGGCUCAGUCACCCUCCUUUUUCAGGACAAGCACGGUGGAUUGCAAGUACGAAGUCCUAAAGGGACUUUUGUCGAUGCAACUCCUAUUUCCGAUACUAUUGUCGUUAAUGCCGGUGAUCUGCUAGCUCGGUGGUCUAAUGAUACUAUCAAAAGCACCCGUCACCGGGUAAUCCAGCCGCCUGCGCCACCCAGUGAAGAUUCCACGGAUAAUACCUCGGGCGAAUACCCUGCUCGAUAUAGUGUCGCUUAUUUCUGCAAUCCCAACAGCACCAAACUUAUCGAAGCUCUGCCAGGAACUUUCGGCGAAGAUGUGGAGGUGGCGAAAAAGUAUGCGGAUAUAACUGCGGGUGAUUACUUGGUCCAGCGAUUGACAGCAACUUAUUGA